UUUUCAGUUGGUUUUCUCUUUGCGCGGGCUUUGCACGACGUUAUCGGUGUGUUACGUUGGUCAGUUCUUUUCAUCAUCCUAGAAUCAAAUGCUUCGAAACGGUAUAGACAUUUAUGGAUCCCGAAGGAGCCAUCCUUUGGAAGAUUUCGUGAAUACAUUAGGUCACAAUUGGGUUCAAUGGUCAGCGGGCGCAGGCGUUCAUCCCCCCAACGCGGUUCGAGGGGGAGCUGAUAUGGAUGGAUCUCCGAUAUACAUUGGCCGCGCAGAGCAUAAUGGGAACAUCCUCCCGGCCAAAGUUAUUCCCAUUCGUAGAGUAGCGUACGUUUCGCCCCACGGAACUGAGAUAUCAAAACCCCACUUCGAGGUUCUUUGUGGCCUCGGAUACACGUGGGUUCCCAGCGAGAAUGGUGAACUGCCGAAAGGUGCUGUUUGCUGUGGAAAAACAUCCUAUGGUGAACCGCUGUACAUUGGACGGGCCCAUCACGAUGGGAGCGUCACCCCGGGCAAAAUUAUACCAAGUCAUGGCUGUUUGUACGUUUCUUUUGGUGGCUUCGAGCGUGGUCACCCCAAGUAUGAAGUGUUGGUCGAAUCUAGGGAGUCCAAGAAGCAGAGCGUUGGAGGGCAUUGGGUUCGCUCCUAUACCAAAGAAUCCGUUCCUCCGGGCGCUCUUCUCGCCGGUUACGAUAGCGAUGGUAGCCAGAUUUAUCUGGGACGCGUGUAUCGACACGGACUGGUUUUGCCGGCGAAGGUGAUUCCCCAGAAACAAAUGUGUCACACUGGUGAUGAAGCAUUGGAGUUCGAUAUGCCCGAGUAUGAGGCACUCUGCAGCGCUAAUGUGUCCUGGGUGCCGUUCCGUGGCGUAUUCCCUAUCAACGCUAUUUUGUGUGGAAAGGAUCGACUUGGUGAGAAACUAUACUUUGGUCGAGGUUACUACAACGGUAGCUUGACGCCGGGAAAAAUUCUUGAGAGUAGCAAAAUACUCAAGAUUCCAUUCGAUUGGAAGGAGAUUCCGCUGCGGGAGUUCGACAUUUUGGUUGAUAACAGUCAGCCAACUACGAAGUGCUGUCAAUCGCUUGAAUGGCAGCCGGGAAGCAAUAAAUCACCAGCACCGAAGGGCGCUAUUCUGGCUGGAAGCGAUAGCGAUGGUUCUCCUAUUUACUUGGGCCGUGUCACGUAUCAGGGUAACCAACUGCCAGCAAAGAUAAUCCCCCGUAAACAUCAGUGUCGUACAUGUCAUAACGGAAAGGAAAUCGACAUGGUAUCCUAUGAAGCUUUGUGUAACACGAGGGCUCGCUGGGUACCUUUCAAUGGUACCAUCCCUUCGAAAGCGAUCGUUUGUGGUCAAACGCUUUGGGGUGAAACAGUGUACAUUGGACGUGGCCGACACAGGGGCAGUGUGACUCCGGGAAAAGUGCUGGAAAAUGAGAAGGUGUUGAAGAUACCGUUCGAUUGGAACGAAAUUCCGAUCACUGCUUUUGAAAUACUGGUUGAACAAUGAGCUGUUCGAAAGUUGAGAUGUAGUAAAAAGAAAUCCAUUUUUACAUAAGAUUGAAGGCGGAAAUCGGACCGUUUUUACAAUGUCAAAGAAAGUCUUCAAUUGCAAAUGAAUUUCUUUUCACUACACUAUAUAGAUAUCCUAGGUCGAUUUGUAUAGAGAUAUGUAUUACCAUGUAUGGUAAGUCGAAAAUAAAAUAAUCUGCAACGUUGGAGGCUACCUGGUCCACAUUAUCCCAAAACCUGAUUUGUAAAUCAAAGGAUGACAGUUAGAAGUUCAGAAACUUUCAUUUCAUUGUAGCCCGAAAAUAUCAAACAUAUAUAAGGAGUAAUAUGAUUAAAAAGCAAAAUAUUCAAAAUUUCGGACCUUCAUUACCGUAACGGCGGUUAACCAGCGUCUCUUCCCUCACCGCUCUUCAUACACCGGCGUAUUCUCAAGUACAGACAAAAGGGCGCUUUUUCCAC